CUCCCGAUAAGGUAGAAAGGAAGAACUUCUCUCUAUUAAAGCCAACCCACCAUAGGAGCUACAGUCAAGCCGUACGAUCAAACCUCCCAGAAGGAAGGGAAGGGAGAUACCCAAUGCAAGAGGAGAAGGAUAGAAGGAAGCUAGAAGAUAGACACCCCACAACAACCCACAAUAGGGAAUUUGUUAUAAUAGAAGAAGAACCAGGUACAUCAAAACAGGGAUAUUUGGCACCUAGUUUUUUUCGGAAGGACCCCAUCCACGAGAGAUUGAAGGAAACACGCCAAAUCAAGAUAUGGGA